AGAGACGCUCUCCCUUCUUCUCCAACUUUGCGCCAGGCAGGCAGGGGCGCACAGCACCCUUCCCAGUAGGGGGCCCCGGGAAUCCAGGCACCAACCUCUCCUCCCCCCACCCCCUGGACACUGACUAUUUUAAAAUAAACCCGAGGGAAGCAGGGAGCGAACCAUGAAGGCGGCGGUGGACCUGAAACCCACCCUGACCAUCAUCAAAACCGAGAAGGUGGAUGUGGAUUUCUUCCCUUCCCCGGAUAUGGAAUGUGCAGAUGUGCCUUUGCUAACCCCGAGCAGUAAAGAAAUGAUGUCCCAGGCGCUGAAGGCCACCUUCAGCGGCUUCACGAAAGAGCAACAGCGUCUGGGAAUCCCCAAAGACCCCCAGCAGUGGACGGAGACUCAUGUACGGGACUGGGUGAUGUGGGCUGUGAAUGAGUUCAGUCUGAAGGAUGUGGAUUUCCAGAAGUUCUGCAUGAAUGGGGCUGCCCUCUGCGCUCUGGGCAAGGACUGCUUCCUCGAGCUAGCGCCUGACUUCGUGGGAGAUAUUCUCUGGGAACAUCUGGAGAUCCUACAGAAAGAUGAGAUAAAGCCAUACUCAGCUAACGGAAUGAACCCCGCAUACCCAGAAUCCCGCUAUACAUCGGACUACUUCAUUAGUUAUGGCAUUGAGCAUGCACAGUGCGUGCCUCCGUCAGAGUUCUCUGAGCCCAGCUUUAUCACAGAGUCCUACCAGACCCUCCAUCCAAUCAGCUCAGAGGAGCUCUUCUCCCUCAAGUACGAGAAUGACUACCCGUCGGUCAUCCUGCGUGACCCUGUCCAGACGGACUCCCUGCAGACAGACUACUUCACGAUCAAGCAGGAAGUUGUAACGCCAGAUAACAUGUGCAUGGGGCGCACCAGUCGAGGUAAACUAGGGGGCCAGGACUCCUUCGAGAGCAUAGACAGCUACGACAGCUGCGACCGCCUGACGCAGUCCUGGAACAGCCAGUCGUCCUUCCAGAGCCUUCAGCGCGUCCCCUCCUACGACAGCUUUGAUUCUGAGGACUACCCCGCGGCGCUGCCCAAUCACAAGCCCAAAGGCACCUUCAAGGACUAUGUUCGAGACCGGGCCGACAUGAACAAGGACAAGCCAGUCAUUCCUGCUGCUGCCCUCGCUGGCUACACAGGCAGUGGACCCAUCCAGCUGUGGCAGUUCCUGCUGGAGCUGCUCACCGACAAGUCCUGCCAAUCCUUCAUCAGCUGGACAGGCGAUGGCUGGGAAUUCAAGCUCUCGGACCCAGACGAGGUUGCCAGGCGAUGGGGCAAGAGGAAAAACAAGCCCAAGAUGAACUACGAGAAGCUGAGCCGUGGGCUUCGCUACUACUAUGACAAGAACAUCAUCCACAAGACGGCCGGCAAGCGCUACGUGUACCGUUUCGUCUGCGACCUGCAGAGCCUUCUGGGCUACACGCCCGAGGAACUCCAUGCCAUGCUGGACGUCAAACCCGAUGCCGAUGAGUGA